AGUAUUUUCUCUUCUUGAUUUUAUUCUUCGAAUAUUUUUCUUUUUUUGUGGUAUUUCAUUUUAAUCAGAGAAAAAUGGAUGUUGAUUUGACUCCCAAGGUGUCUAAAUCUGUAUAUGGAGGUGAUGGUGGAUCAUAUUUCUCAUGGUCGCCAUCUGAUCUUCCAAUGCUUAAAGAAGGUAACAUUGGAGCUUCAAAAAUUGCUCUUCAGAAGAAUGGUUUAGCAAUGCCUAGCUACUCGGACUCUGCCAAGGUCGCUUACGUACUUCAAGGAAAAGGUACUGCUGGAAUUUACCUUUAUGAAGCUGAGAAGGAAAAGGUUGUAUCAAUCAAAGAGGGUGAUGCGAUGGCUCUACCUUUUGGUGUUACUACAUGGUGGUUCAACCAAGAUGAUAACGAACUCGUGAUUCUUUUCAUGGGAAAUACCUGUACAGGUCACAAAGCUGGUGAAUUCACCGAAUUCGCUUUGACCGGUGCUAAUGGUCUCUUCACUGGAUUUACUACCGAGUUUGUUGCUCGAGCCUGGGAUUUGGAAGAAGACAAGGUUAAGGAGCUUGUCGAAAGUCAAAAAGGCACUGGAAUUAUUAAGUUGAAAGACGGGUUCAAAAUGCCUGAGCCUAAGGAGGAAGAUAGAAAAGGAAUGGUUAUGAACUGCUUAGAAGCACCCUUAGAUGUUGAUAUUAAAAAUGGUGGACGUGUUGUGCUUCUGAAUACCAAAAGUUUGCCUUUGGUUAAAGAUGUUGGGCUUGGUGCUGAUCUUGUCAGGAUUGAUGCCGGAUCAAUGUGCUCACCAGGAUUCUCUUGUGAUUCAGCUUAUCAAGUGACUUACAUUGUUCGGGGAAGUGGUCGUGCUCAGAUUGUUGGUAUUGAUGGUAAGCGCAAAAUGGAGAUUAGAGUCAAGGCAGGAAACUUAUUCAUCGUUCCAAGGUUUUUUGCUGUCUCAAAGAUUGCCGAUGGGGAGGGUAUGGAAUGGUUUUCCAUCAUCACUACUCCCAAUCCAAUUUUCUGCCACUUAGCCGGAAGGACAUCUGUGUGGAAAGCAUUAAGCUCUGAAGUUCUUCAGGCUUCUUUCAACGUGUCACCUGAAGCCGAACAACAUUUCCGAUCAAAGAGGCUUAAUGCUGAAAUCUUCUUCCCUGCACCCUAAGAGAAUUGACUAUCAUUGCGGAACAUGAAGAAAUCUUUUUCUGCUUAUCUUCCUUUUUCAUCGCAGUGUCGUUAAUAACUGAAAAAGGCUAAUAUCUUAUCUCAUCUUCAAUAUCAAGUUUUAAUAUCAGGUUGUCGUCAAUAUCAAGUUUUAGAUUUGAGAUAUUUUUGAGUUUUACCUCUAAUCCUCAUAAUAUUUGGAUUAAGAAUAUAGCUUAAUAAGUUUAUUCUGGAUUAUUUAGUAAUGACAAUGUUUUUUUUCCCGAUAAA